ACUCGGCGUCGCUUCACACUGUGAUUCUGUUUGAGCGCCAACAGUCCCGCGUAGUUGCGACCUCGUUCGAAAGUCGAAACAUCGAAAGUCCCCAAAAUGAGUUCCGCCAAAAUCGCCAUCAACGGCACCAGCGCCACCAACGGCACCAACGGCACGGCCAAGGAGAUGAACGGCGCCGACUUGAAGAAGCUCAAGAACGCCAACCCCCCCAAAGUGUACAUCGGCUCCCCGCAGAAGGAAUUUAACCCCUCGUCCAACGACAGCCUGGACGGCAACCAGUCGCCGACGGAGAGCGGGCCGCCCUGCUGUGUCGAGGCGUACUCCCCGUACAACAGCUGCACCUACGAGCUCAUCGAGUCCGUGGCCCAGUUCCUGCUCGAUAGGGUGUCCAUCCGGCCCAAGAUCGGCAUCAUCUGCGGCUCGGGCAUGGACGGAACCACAGGUUGCCUGGCCGACGCCCUCACCGACUCCACCUCCUUCCCCUACGAGACCAUCCCCUACUUCCCCACGCCCACCGUGCCCGGCCACAUGGGCAGGCUCGUCUUCGGCUACCUCGGCGACGUCCCCGUCAUGUGCAUGCAGGGCCGCUUCCACUACUACGAGGGCUACCCGCUCUGGAAGUGCGCCAUGCCCGUGCGCGUCAUGAAGCUGGUGGGCGUGACCCACCUGCUGGCGUCCAACGCGGCAGGCGGCCUCAACGACAAGUACCGCGUGGGAGACAUCAUGAUCAUCAAGGACCACAUCAACCUGCUGGGCUUCGCCGGCAACAACCCCCUGAUGGGGCCCAACGAUGAGAGGUUCGGGCCGCGCUUCCCCGCCAUCAACAGGGCGUACGACGUGAACGUGCGGCGGAUGGCCAAGCAGGUCGCCACGGAGAUGGACAUCAACAACAUCACCCACGAGGGCGUGUACUCCGUGGUGGGAGGGCCCUCCUUCGAGACCAUCGCUGAGAUCCGCAUGCUGGGAGCCCUGGGCGUCGACGCCGUCGGCAUGAGCACGGUCCACGAGGUCAUCACGGCGCGCCACUGCGGCAUGACGUCAUUCGCCUUCUCGCUCAUCACCAACAAGAGCGUCACGGACUACGAGAGCUACGAGGAGCCCAACCACGAGGAGGUGAUCGACAUGGGCAAGCAGCGCGAGCCCGUCCUCAAGGAGUUCAUCACCAGGCUGGUGAAGAAGAUCGAGGACGAUCGGGACGAGUAGAGGUCGACGUGUGCGUGUGUGUGCGCCGAACGCCCAGUGCAAAGCGAAAAACUACUUAACGCCCCUCCCCUCCCCGCGGCCCUCGCGACCGCCUCAUCUGUGAUACACCCUCGGACCGGCGCGCCGCGGCGUGCGGCCAAGGUUGCCAAGACACUGGUGAAACUGAAGCGAAGUCCCACGCUUCAUUCAAGCAUAGAACUACGCUCGGAGGCCUGACGCCCUUCUUGAAGCGUACUCUGCAUCCACGCUCAGGCGCGGCUCCAGGGGCAGGGUCGGGGAGGGUGGUGAGGUGAUUUCCCCUCCCCUGGGUGCCAGAUAGGUCGCCUGGAAGCCAAUGCACUCCUUUGCCCCUGUAAAUAGGCCAAAAGCACUACCUUACCCUCCCUUUGUAAACUUCUGGAGCCGCGCCUGUCUACGCUUCAAGGCGCUUGUACGCGUCAAGAAGGGCGUAGGGACUGUGAACGCUGCACAAAAGACCCAAUGUUACGCCUUGGUUUUACCAGUGAAGGGGCCUGGCCAGAAUGUCCCUCAUCAGUUCGCCAUUACUUGCGUGUUCCUCGACUGAUAUAAUACAACAUUAGAUUUAGAGUAAUUAUUCAUGACGAAAAGAAAUGUAGUGAUUUUAGCUGCAUAGCUUUUUUUAUUGAUAUAGGAGAGUGAAUUAUGGCUUUUUUUUCUCCUGUGGGUUUUGUUGUUGUUGUGAACAUCUAGUGGAACUGCAGGUACCUAUCAGUUUCGGGAUUCCGUCAUUGAGACAACUACUGCUGUAUCAUAUGACUAAAUACUUUUGAUGGAAGAACAGAAGAUGUAUCUCGGUGAUCAUUAUUACUGUAAACCUUCCGCAACUAUAGGUACGGCGUCUGAAAAUUAUAGAAAUAAUUUAUUCAUUACUGCGUGCCCAUGUUGUAAUUACAUUCUAUGAUAACAAGUAAGAUGUGCCAUGUGAAAAGUGACUAUGAUUAUGUGUCAUCUAAGAUAGAUUAAAUUAAUUUUUUUCCCCGAA